AUGAACUUGAGUAUCAAGCAAGAGUCCUUCCGUAUAGAGACAAUGAUGAGCUCCCUGCGGAAGGAGUGUGUUAACUUGUGCUGCAGGGACCUCUACAGGGAUGCAGAGCUUACCAAGGACGAGGUGCACUGUAUUGAUCGCUGUUCAUGGCGUUACUUGCACACAAACAAGAUCAUCUCCAACUCACUAGACCGCAAGAUUCAAGGAGGAGGCAAGAAGCUGAUGUGA